AUGGAAGAAAAGGGCAUGUUAUGCUUGUACUGCUCAAAAGUUCUCUCCGGUGGCGGUAUAAAUCGGUUUAAACAAUAUUUGGCGGGAUUAAAAGGGAAUGCAAAGGCAUGUCGGAAGGUACCAGAUACUAUUCGAUAUGCAAAGCAGGAACAUCAAGUUGCAGGCAUAAUGGAAAAGAAAAAGAAGCGUGAUAUGUUAGAUGAGCAAAAUCCAUACUCUCCACAUUAUAGAGCUCAUGAGGAGGAUAUGUUUGCACCCUCCGAGCAUGAUGAUGAGAUAGAAGAAAUUGCACCUCUUCAUUCAAAAGUAAAAGGGAAGGCAACUCAAACUACUCAAUUAAAAGCAGCGCUGCCAAACAAGAUGAAAAUUAAUUCGUACUUCCAACCGAGAACAAUACCGGGAGCUCAAAGGACACUCAAGAGUGUUUUGCAAAGCAAAGAAGUCACCGAGAAGUGUGAUCUUGCCAUUUCUAAGUGGAUGCUUGCCACAAGUAUACCGUUUAAUACGGUUAAUUCUCCUUAUUACCAGCAAGCAAUCGAUGCCAUUGCUAGCAUGGGGGCAAGUUAUAAAGGUCCGAGCUUUCAUGAUCUUCGAGGAUACUUAUUGACAAAAAAUGUUGAGGAGGGGACUGUUUUCUUGAAGUCUGUCGAUGCUUCAGAUGCUUCGAAGACGGAGGAAAUGCUUUACAAAUUAUUUAGAGAGGUGGUCUUAUUUGUCGAUCAAGAGAAUAUUGUUCACUUUGUGACAGACAAUGCCGCUAACUACAUGGCUGCUAGUCACUUGUUGGAGCAGGAGUUCAAGACGAUAUUUUGGUCUCCUUGUGCGGCUCACUGCAUUAAUUUAAUUCUCAGUGAUAUUGGUAAGUUGGAUGAGGUGAAUGAUAUUAUGACUCAUGCUGUGAAGAUUACUAAGUAUAUCUAUAAUCAUUGCUUUGCAUUGAAUAUGAUGAGAAAAUUUACUGGUGGACAAGAAAUUCUUUGCCCUGCUCCAACUCUUUUUGCCACUAAUUUCGUUGCAUUGCAAGGUAUUUUGGCACAACAAAAUGCACUGAGGGCUAUGGUAACAUCUAGUGAGUGGACUAGUUCAAUCCAUGCAAAGGAAAAUAAAGCAAAAGAAUUUGUGAAAUUGUUAUUUGUGGAGACAUUUUGGUCUGAAUGUGCGACCAUAGUGCAUAUUAGUGAACCUCUUGUUCGUGUGUUAUGUAUUAUUGAUAGUGAUGAAAGGCCUGCUAUGGGAUAUCUGCUUGAAGCAAUGUACAAAGUUAAGGAAGAGAUGUUGAAAAGAUUCAAUAGAAGAAAGAAGAAGAUUGAGCCAUAUAUUAACAUUCUUGAUGCUCGAUGGGAUAGGCAACUGCACAAGAACUUGUAUGCUGCUGGGUAUUGGUUGAAGCCUAAAUAUCAAUAUGACUUGACCGAGAUAUAG